CCGACCGCCGACUCUCGUCAGGCUCCCAGAAUUAAACUUCGAGCAUUGGGUUCUAUUUGUUACCUCCAACUGUUGACCACAGGAAACACACAAAAGGCUACACUUGCUGACUUUUAGAGAGAGUACAGUAAAGGACUUGAAGGAAUUAAAUCUCUUGGGAAUGGAUCCUGUGUGAAAGCAAGAAGCUAUUGUGAUAAACAUGGCAUCUCACAGCUCCAAGAGGUGUGCGACUGUGAAGAAAAAGUUUGUUCUUAAGACGAAGCCACCUGAACCUGUGGUGGAAUACAUUACACCUGGGGGCUAUGAGCUGGAGAAGAUCCUUAACCGUGACUGCAUGGAGUACACUCACAUCAACCAGGUCUGGCCCAACGUCUGGAUUGGAGAUGAAGAGAGUGCCAAAGACAAAUACAACCUGAAGAAAUUGGGCAUGACCCACAUCCUGAAUGCAGCAGAGGGGACGUGGAAUAAUGUGGACACGGGAGCGGAGUACUACAGCGACAUGGACGUGAUCUACUAUGGGGUCGUGGCGGAGGAUACUCCAACCUUUGACCUUAGCCAGUACUUCUUUUCUGCAGCCCAGUUCAUCGACCAAACACUCAACAUACCUGAAAAUAAGCUGCUGGUGCACUGUGUGAUGGGGAGAAGUCGGUCAGCCACCCUGUUCCUGGCCUACCUGAUGAUCUGUAAGAACAUGACUGUGGUUGAUGCCGUGGACCACGUGAAGCGACGCAGGCGUAUCAUCCCCAACUGGGGCUUCCUGAAGCAGCUCAGGCAGCUGGACACUUACCUCUUAGAACAGAAGGACAAAGUGACGACUGUCAAGGGAAAAGGACAAGAAAAGGACAAGGAAAGAGAGGAGGAUGAAUAGAAGGAUCAAAUGUGAUCGAUGCACCCUGAGAAAAGGGAAAUGUAUUUCAUUUAGAUCAUUUGGUUCCACAAGAAAUGUGUACAUUGAAAAAAAAAGGUCAAACAAGUAGGUUUCCUAGUACUUCAAAAAUACUGUACUUCAAAUUUAAAAGAGUUAAAGUGGAUAUCCACAGUUCAAACAAAGCAAUAACAAAGCAACACUUCUGCCACUUGUUUUGGUAAACUGCUAAGGGAAGGGGCUCGAGACAUUUGAACACUCAAAUUCAGACAAGAGCUACAGAGCUGCUAUCUAAAUUCAACCUCUACAAAAAUGUCCAUUAAUUAAAAUCCACAUAAUUCACAUUUCCUGUUGCUGCAGGAUUAUUUUUUCUGUGAGAAGCAGGGUCAGAUGAAGAUCUUGUAUCCAUACAAGUAUACUGACAGACCAUCCAUGAAAUCAGAACGAGUUUUAACCAUGUUUUGAAGCAGUGUUAACAUUGACUUUUGUUUACAAACAUUUGGAGUAAAACAUGCUUAUAUUUUGGGUAGUAAUUGGGUACAACUAAGGUCAUGAGGCAUUUAAGUUAUAUUAUUCAAUAAUCCAUGGCUAUACAUCACACAGUGAAAAAAUUUAUGCAUCAACUGCAGAUUGCCUCUUUAAACUAAAUUCUCAAGUUUUAUAAAUAAGACAUUGCCUUGGCUUAGAAGUCUGUCGUUGAACAUUUUGAACUUCAAAUCUCCCAAUUAAUCUGAAGUUAAGUCAGUUGUCAAUAGAGUUAAAUCAUUGGAGUACAAUUGUGUGCAUGGUCAAUCCUAACUUAUUUUAUGCUAAAAUGUACACCAUUUUUAAGUGCCUGACAAAGGAGAAAGGCAUCAAUAAAAGACUGCUUGUUUGUGCACAUUUACAGUGGGAGACAUGGCUCCUACCCUACCAGCCAUUCUGUACAGGUAGAAAGGCUACAAAAGAGCAAUAUAGACAAAAACACAAGUUGCUUUUUACAUGCAAUCCGUUAGCUUAGUUUGGUCUAGUCACAUCCUCUAGUCUUAUCCACUUUAUAAAAUAUAAAUCCAACAUUUUAUAAAGAUAGAAAAAAAAAUCUACAGAUGGAAUGAAAAUGUUACUUUUUAAAGGCUUUAUGUAAAAUAUCGACUUUGGACUAAAUGUAUAUUUCUUUAUUAUUAAUAAUAAUCAUCAAUCAUUUAGUUGUUUUUUUAAAAUUCCGCCACAUUUCUCGACAUUUGUACACCUCUUUGAAAUGUUUUAGAAUCAGAGUCAGGGUACAAACACUAAGAUAUGCUUAGUUAUCUUGACAGAAAUCAGUCUUCUGUGUUAUAAAACAGAAAGCUGCCUCAAGGUAGGACAUCUGUU